GUCAUUUCCUCCUGCUGGCGAAAGCUAAAGCUACGUUGGUGUCAUCGUCUUAUCGGUUUGGGGUUUGACAACAGAAACAACAGCCUUAUUUCGUGUCCAGCCACGAAGACCUGUUUUCAGUGGAGUCUCUGGAGAGAUGAACAACAACGGGAAUAAGAGAGCUCCAACCACAGCCACUCAGCGACUUAAGCAGGAUUACCUCAGGAUAAAGAAAGACCCUGUGCCUUACAUCUGUGCAGAACCUCUCCCCUCCAACAUCCUAGAAUGGCACUAUGUAGUCAGAGGUCCUGAGAAAACUCCAUAUGAAGGGGGAUAUUAUCACGGAAAACUCAUAUUUCCUCGGGAAUUUCCUUUUAAACCACCAAGUAUCUAUAUGAUAACACCAAAUGGAAGAUUUAAGUGUAAUACAAGAUUAUGUUUGUCCAUCACAGACUUCCAUCCAGACACAUGGAACCCUGCGUGGUCCGUCUCCACCAUCCUCACAGGUCUCCUAAGCUUCAUGGUGGAGAAAGGUCCCACCCUCGGCAGCAUUGAGACCUCUGACUACACAAAAAGACAGCUGUCAGCCCAAAGCCUGGCCUUCAACCUCAAGGAUAAAGUGUUCUGUGAGCUGUUUCCUGAUGUAGUCGAUGAAAUGAAGCAGAAACAGAAGGCCCAGGAGGAGUUAAGCGCUCGCACUCAGCCCCUCCCCUUACCCGACGUGGUUCCUGACGGUGACCCUCAACACGCCCACUACGGUCUCCCCGCCCUCAAUGGCGGUCCUGUCCCCCUCGGGGGCGCCAACCCCGCCCCUGGCCUGCAGCAGGCCAAUCGCAACCAUGGACUUCUAGGUGGGGCUUUAGCCAACCUGUUUGUGAUCGUAGGCUUUGCGGCGUUUGCCUACACAGUCAAGUACGUGCUGAGGAGCAUAGCCCAGGAGUGAGAGGAGUCGGUGUUGUAGGGCGGCGCUCCCCCCUGCAGGUGAGCCAGCUAGUGGACUCGACAUUCUACAAACACACUACGUGGGGGAGGGAUGUUCAGUCCUGGGUUAAACCCCUCCACGACCACCACAACCACCACCACCACCACCACCAUGGACUUUGGAAGACAGAAACUCAAAGCCAACCCACCCAGGAAGGAUUGAGAGGAGGAGUAGGAGGUGGGGGAGUGGACGGGAGUGGCAGUUGGGCCGGGGGAUUGGAGGGGCUUAUUAAAACGGUUGUGAUCCACUCUGUGCUCUGUGGUUUAUGUCAGCAGUUAGAAACAAACUUGGCUCAUGGGUUGUGGAAGAGUGCAGAACUGAGGACACAGUUUGGAGGCAGGUCACAACAGACAGAUGCUGAAACGCACCGUUGUUGUCCUGCAAGGUAAACAAUCACAGGUAGGAGCUUAUUCAGUUAAGUAGGAAAUUCUCAGAGCAGGUGCCCACCUGCCCGUCACCUCUACAACAAGUGUUUCUGCUGCGGUGUUUCCUGAUUAUACAUCAGAUCAUACAGACUCUUCAGCAUGUGACAUGAAGCUGUCGCAUCGCCAAAUGUUUCCAAACUCUAGAGGAAAGGAGUGCCACAAAGACCAGUUGUGUGGCAUUUCCAAACUAAUUUAACCUUGAUUUGCAUUGCAGGCAGUUGUGGCACUGGAGCCAGUUUCCAUCCUUUCCUUGGAGUAGCGUCAAGGUAUCAGAUUUCAGUGACAUGCAAGUGCAGUUCAAGAACCGGUUUCUCUACCUUCAAUUUCAUUACACAACAGCUGUAUAUCUGGAUAUUUUACACGCAUCACGUAAAGAUCUCAGCGCCACUGUGUAACAAUAUCCCUGUCCUCAACUACCCCUGUCAAUGACUGGCUCGCUGAUAAAUGUUGAGGUUUUAUAUGUGCCAAGAAUAUGUCCGCACACUUUAAGCACAGAUGGAACUUCAGCGGAACUGCCUCACGGUUCAUGUUGACCAACGGGAAGAUUUAUGAUCUGUGAAAGGUCGGUAGGCUUGUUAGCAGUCAGUGACAGAGAUACAACUGCCAAACUACAUGUAAGCAAAGAACGAAAAAAGUCCCAAAACAGUACGCAGCAAGUAGAGCAUCACCCUUGUAAGUACUUGUGUAUCUUAUCAGUAGGGUCUAUUUCCUGCACCAAAGCUUACAUGUGAUGAGCAAGUAGUGCAGAAAGAAGCCUUCCUACAACAGUAUUGACAAGUGUAUUUAUAUCUGCAUUUCUCUUUAUGUAUAGAUAAAAAGCAUCAAACUCGGCGUGUCAGUCUGUGAAAGAGCCACUGAUCUGUGGUCAGAGUCUGAUGUGAGUCCAGACGUUCUCUCCUGUCAACCCAUGAGCCAAGCAGUGAACCCAGUGUCUGCACAGACGUAAAUAGAGACCAGUACCUUUUUGAAAUUGGCUUAGCUGACCAGUAUAGCACCACUCUAUAUAGGUCCAAGUAAAGAGACACAUGAAGAGAACCAACGUUUUAUUUCUGUAUAUUAUUUUUUUCUUUUUGAUAUUUUUCUUUGUGUUUUUGUUCUCUUUAUUUAUAGAAACGGCCUCGGCUUGUCUGCCAAGGAAAUUUUUAGUGUCUGCUAAGCGGGGCAGUGCAGGCAAACACACACACGUACACACACAGACAGGCCAUGGCCCAGGCUCACACAAUUGCUGAUAAUUUACUGUUGUGCAUUGCAUUUAGUAAAGAUGGCUCUACUGUGUAUCUAAUGUUUCAACAGAAAAAUGGUCUGGAAGCAGAAUAUUUGCCUUUCUAUUGCUCUUUUCUUGGUACCAUCUUUAAAAAAAAAAAAAAAAAAGACAAACAUGAUGAUGAUGAUGAUGAUGAUGAUGAUGAUGGGAGUGCGUUUGUGUGAUUAUACAGCAAAUGCCCAAAUUUCCAUGCUUCAGUUAAUCUUGUGUGACAUUGUAUGUUUUCAUAGUAAAUGCAAAUAAAUUACCCUGCAUGGCAGGGCAUUUUAGAAAACCUUC